CCAAACGCCGGAAAUGCAAAAGCUGCUUCGCAGAUAUGGAAAUGAAAUGGUACUACUCGACUCAACCUAUAAAACAUCUAGGUUUGCAUUGCCGCUAUUUUUCAUUGCGGUGUGUCGACCACCAGGUUGUUGCUGCGUUUAUCACUGAAAAUGAAAGUACGGCAAUGAUUACGGAGGCAAUUGGAAUGAUUAAAAAUGCAAACCCAGAGUGGAGCCCAGCCAACUACAUGACCGACAAUGAUGAGAAAGAGAUCGGUGCUAUGGAAUUUCAUUUUCCAGAUUCAAGAGGCCUUAUAUGCGAUUUCCAUCGCGUUCAAGCAUGGAUGAGGUGGCUAAAACAAUCGAAAAAUGCCAUAUCCAACAAGUCCGAGGCACUUAAAUGCAUGCAAGGUCUGGCGGAUGCCAACACAGAGGACGAGUUUGCCAUAAGACUUAAGAAUCUUCGUGAAUCAAGUUUAUGGGCCUCAACAGGAUCAUACUUGGAUAAUCACUGGCUACCAAUGCAAGAGAAAUUUGGACCAGUACUGCCGUAUUGGCCAUUUGAUGGUUGGUGUGCACACCAACAAUGGCAUCGAGCGACUUCAUGGGACGUUAAAGCACAGUGCUUGAAGGGAAACUCCAAAAUGACUCUAACCAGCACGGUCCGCGUUCUUGUGCCGGAAAAGUAUCAAAGGUGAGAAAAAUUAUGUUUUACAUGUCACUUCUUAAAGAUUGAUUCAAACAUGUAUUAAGAUGCCAUGAGAUGCAAUGUUUUGGAGUAUAGCUUCUCCGAGUUCGAGUCUAUUUCCUAACGCCAAUAAUAUCAGCGACGAACCCGGAGUAAUUUUUUCUACGACCCUUGUUCCUAGGUCAUUCCACAUCUAUAACUCUUCUAUAACUCAAACAUCAAAUUAAGAAAAAAGCUUACAAAUUGUCCAACAUAGAUGAAUCGCCAUAACGACCACUCUAAUAAGAUGCCCAAUAACAAUAUGCUAUAACGUUUAUUUGUUUCUGUUCGUCAUGUAUAGUUUACAAUUUAUUCGUAGCUUAAUAAAGUUGUGUUUAAUUAUGGCUAUGUGGAGGAAAAUCUUAAGCUGACUGGUACCUACAAGCAGUAUGCACCGGAAAUCCCACAAUUUCUUCACAGACGCCCCAAGAAGUUCAUUGAACAUUGUAUGGACAGGAUUGGCACAGCAAAGCUCUGCGAGCCCCACAGUGACAUGGUGCAACUUGGCGAUGACACUACCUAUCCAAGAUGCAGCUGCAAGGACUUCACGAGAACUCUUAUUACCAUGCAAACACAUCUUUGGUCGCAUUAUGUUUGGUGGCACUUUCAAAUGGGAGAUGUUGUCCUUAAAAUACAGGAAUUCUCCAUUCUUCACGGCAGAUAAAGAAGUGAAUGGUAAAAAGGAGGCCUGUCAGUUCACCGCUGUAAAUGAUCGCGAUAGAGAAGACAUGGUUGCCGAUCUAGAUACGUCCGUCGGUUCCUGCGAGACAAUACCAGAUACUGUGGCAAAAGGGAAACAACGUGUGGCAUCACUAAAAAAAAAGUGGAGAGAGCAGUUGAAAUUGCUGAAAUCGAAGUCUUUCUUGUGCACAGAUUCAUCAAGCUUAGCCUCAAGUAUUCAACAAAUAGAGCGCAUAAGCGAAAAUAUUCCGCCCCUUCUCGGAUCGUCCGAACUACCACAAUUAAGAAAAACACCAAGGUCAUUGAAGCUUAGGCGAAAAAAAAGAACGUGCGAUUUUAUUUUGACACUCAGAGUUGCCUCAGAGAUAUCAACAUACACAGUUAUUGUGGAAGAUCACAUAAUCUGCGAGGACACAAUUGAAGAGACCGCUUCAAAAACAAUUACAACAAAUACACCUACUAUUGAAAUAGAAUCAAUUUACAAGUUAUGGAAAUUGCCUCGGGAUUGUGACGUCCAAGUUACCAAGGUGUUCGGUUCAACUGUCACAGAUACCGACAUACGAUCGCUAAAGGAAGCUGGCUGGUUAACCAACAACGCCAUGGAUACUUACCUGAAGCUUCUUGUCCACGAAGUGUCCGAUCUGGGCGCAGGAAAAAUCAUGCUCUUGGUCGGCUCCACCAUGGAAACUCUUAUACGAGGUUCCAAGAAUCACAGACCAAUUUACGCGGUGCUCGAUUUAGAGAAAAAAGUAGUUUUCUUCUACAAUCCGAUGGCGGAGGCAGAAGCCAUUGAGAUCGAUUCAAUCAGGCUAGCUUUGUGUUCGCGAAAUGCCAUUUGAAAGGGACAUUCAAAGAGAUGGAAACCAUCACAAGCCAGCAUCUGGCUGCUACAAGACUCUCUAUAGCCACGAAGUUGCUGACCUUCAAACCAGCACUGCCAUGCACAAUCGAGGAGGCGAAAGUUCUUCCAGAGAAAAGGUUGAAACGAAAG